UAAACUGCUUCACUGGACAUUUUACAUCUGUUAAACCUUUAUAAAGACACAAAAUUGGCUUGUCAGAGCUAGACAUGUUCAUGAGAGCUUACAUGUGGCAAACUUUGCAGCAACUCCAAUUUUUCAGGAUAGUUUGGAAAAAUGAGAAAGAAAAGUUUUGUAACAAUUGAGAAAAACAGUUCAUGACCUAUUUUGGUCAUUCCAUUUUUAGUUAUUAAUGGGAUAAGUGAAAUAUGCUCAUUAUAUAUCACUGUUCCAUUAAACAAUGUUAUCAAAUAAUCAGGUAAGCUAAAGGUUGAAAGUGUUGGUAAAAUGAAUUUUUGGUGUUUUUCACUACCGAAUUUCCAGAUGCAAAGUAGGGAGACAUCUGGACCUGAUUCCUACAUUUCUGUGGAAUUUUUUUGUUGGUUCCCUUUUGGUUUUUACUUUUUAGAUACAGACUAGGUCACCUACUGUCUAGCCGUUACCAUUGUUUUCCAUAACCACAUAUUUAAGGAUGCUGUUCUUUUUCUUUAGUCAAAAUGCUGUGUUUCUGCUCUGGUCCAUGCUAUAAGAAGUUGAAAGCUAAGACGACAGACAGCUCCUACGCCUCUGAUACACUCCUAGGAUCCCUUCCAGAUCCACCAAUCUAAAGAUAUUCAUUGAUUGCAAUUGCUUCUGAAUGAAAGCAUGGAAUAAACUCGGCGCUGCUGCUCCAGUAUUGCUGUCUUACCUGUGAAACUAUACUUCAUUACAGCGGGAGACACACCAGCGGCCUAGCACCAUUUCACACAGCAGAGGAAAAGGGAAAGCGAUCUACUUCCAAAGAAAUGACACAACCUGUUUCUGAAGUGAUUCACAUCAUCCUCACUUUUGAACAAUCCAAUGCUCAGAAAACAAGACAAAUCUUCACGGAUGUUAAGGAUGUGAAGUAAGGUUCUUUGCUUGUGCCUGGGACGAUGGAGAAAAGUAACUGAGAAAGGCGCAUUCCCCACACUACAAUACUGAAAUUAAGGCCCAAAGCCCAUGGCGAGAAUCCCUAACCUUCUCCAUAAUCUCUUGUUUUACUCUUUGCCCUGAAAAUAAACCCAGUUAAUAUUGUGAUGACUACUCCCCUUGACUUGAACCAAAGGUCCUGAGAAAACACAGGUACAAACUGUCAAAAUGGAAAGGGCUGUGCCGCAGGCUGACCCGGCCACGUCCUCAGGAGUGGGUCCCGAAGUAGCCUCCACAGUCGGGAUCCGGGCAGCACAGCGGGCUCCGCAGGGCGCCGCCCCAGACGCGGCCCCGCCCCUCACCUUGCCUGCGCCGCGCUCCGGGCGCUAAGGUGCGUGCGGCGCGCGGUGAUUGGUGGCGGCCCGCGCUGCCCGGCCUCGAUUGGCUGCGUGGGCCUCUUUGUUCCCGGUCCCCGCCGCAGCCCCGCCGCGGCCCAGUGGGCAGCGGAAGUUCGACGGCGCCGGAUGAGUGGCCGCAGCCCCGGCGCCGAAGCCCAGCAGGUUCCUCCUUCAGUUUCCACAGUGGAACCAGAGACAAGCGUAGCCGGAACGUGAGAUCCCGGGCAGAAGGAGGGAACACCCCCUGACAAACAUGGACGUGGAAACCAAAAUUAAGAAGAUGGGCUUAGGUCAUGAGCAAGGAUUUGGAGCCCCCUGUUUAAAAUGCAAGGAAAAAUGUGAAGGAUUCGAACUGCACUUCUGGAGAAAAAUAUGUCGUAACUGCAAGUGCGGCCAAGAAGAACAUGAUAUUCUCUUAAGCAAUGAAGAGGAUCGAAAAGUAGGGAGACUUUUUGAAGACACCAAGUACACCAGCCUGAUUGCAAAACUAAAAUCAGAUGGAAUUCCUAUGUAUAAACGUAAUGUUAUGAUACUGACCAAUCCAGUUCCUGCCAAGAAGAACGUCUCCAUCAACACCGUUACCUAUGAAUGGGCUCCUCCGGUCCAGAAUCAGGCAUUGGCCAGGCAGUACAUGCAGAUGUUGCCCAAGGAAAAGCAGCCAGUGGCAGGCUCAGAGGGGGCACAGUACCGGAAGAAGCAACUGGCAAAGCAGCUCCCCGCACAUGACCAGGACCCUUCAAAGUGCCAUGAAUUGUCUCCCAAAGAGGUGAAGGAAAUGGAGCAAUUUGUGAAGAAAUACAAGAAUGAGGCUCUGGGAGUAGGUGAUGUCAAACUUCCCCGUGAGGUGGUGGAUCAAGGCCCCAACCAAAUGUACAUCCCUGGUGGAGACAGAAGCACCUCAGCGGCCGUGGGGGCCAUGGAGAACAAAUCUGGCGAGCACAAAAGAACUCAUUAUGCUUGCUAUUGCUGCAAAAUGAACAUGAAGGAAGGCGAUCCAGCCAUCUAUGCAGAAAGGGCUGGCUACGACAAACUGUGGCACCCGGCUUGUUUUGUCUGCAGCAUCUGCUAUGAACUCCUGGUCGACAUGAUUUACUUCUGGAAGAAUGAGAAGCUGUACUGUGGCAGACAUUACUGUGACAGUGAGAAACCCCGAUGUGCUGGCUGUGAUGAGCUGAUAUUCAGCAAUGAAUAUACCCAGGCAGAGAACCAGAACUGGCACCUGAAACAUUUCUGUUGCUUUGACUGUGACAACAUCCUAGCUGGGGAAAUAUACGUGAUGGUCAAUGACAAACCUGUCUGCAAGCCCUGCUAUGUGAAGAAUCAUGCUGUGGUAUGUCAAGGAUGCCACAAUGCCAUUGAUCCAGAAGUCCAGCGGGUGACCUACAAUAACUUCAGCUGGCACGCAUCCACCGAGUGCUUCCUGUGCUCCUGCUGCAGCAAGUGUCUCAUUGGGCAGAAGUUCAUGCCAGUAGAAGGGAUGGUUUUCUGUUCGGUGGAGUGUAAGAAGAUGAUGUCUUAAGGGCACCGAGAAGUAUCAGCCCAAAGCUCUCCAUGGUGGUCUGCAUUUCUACUGUAAAAUCCAAUUUGAAACAAUAAAAGGCAAAAAAGGACAUGUAAAAGAAAAGAAAUCUUUUCUUUGCUAUUUUUUAUCAACUUUUUUUUUUCUGUCUCAACUUUUAAACCCUGCUGUAACCAAUUGAUUUUAAAAAUGUUAAAGAAUUUUAUCUUUCCUUUACUUUCUCAAUGUGAAAUCAUUGAGUUGGAAGCUUUGGUUUUAAUUAAACUUCAUUUCCCUAUCCCCUUUGUGCCAAAUAUAGUAUACAUUUAUACAUAAAACAGUUAAAAAUUAGUGCCACUAAGUGGAAAGAUGAGUAUUUCUAGUUCUAUACUCUUUUCCCCCCUUGUGUGUGAAAUAAAAAGGAAAUUAAAUUUGCCCUAAUGCCAAGGCAUUUAUUGACUCAUCUGAUUCACUGAUCUUUGUCAUGAUACACACUAAAUUCUUCCUCACAGAAAAUAGGAAUGCAGUGUGGUCUGGUAUUAAUAGAGCUGGUAUUAUAAUGCCUAUGCAUUUGCUGUUUUCUGACUUAGACAGAGGCGACAUUUUCUUUGUUACAUUUCUCUAUUUUUUCAUUAUGUGCCCUACCUCUCAGUAUUCUCUUUGUAAGUUGGUGACCUCCAUCUGUGGCCUUGAAUAUUUUAUUAUCACAUGUGGUAUAACAAUAUCCACGCUUUUUGCUUCUAUAGAUAAUUCUUGGCUUGUAUAUAAAAGCCAAACCACUCAUUUAUAUUGCUUUUAAUCCAAAGAACAUGUAUAAUUUUUGUACCUAGAAAACUGUGACUUAUCCUGAUUGCACUUGCCUUCCAUGGUUCAGAUAUAAUAUUUUCGUGGUUUUUAUUCUUUUCUACUGGAUCUUGUUUUAUAAUAUUUCUAAGCCUGUUACGGAUAUAUUGAAUGUCUUCUUCACUUAUACAGUUUCAUCCUUCGCUAUUUCUAAUGUCCCUUUUUGCUGUAUACUUUUAUACAUGGCUAUGCACAAUGAAAAUCAAGUGAGAUGAAUGCUAUGUAUAUUAUUCAAAAUAAAAUUUCUUUCACUUUAA